AUGGAUCUGCCUAAACCCACGGACUUCGAAAAAGUUUCACAGAAUAGUAUCUCUCAAAGUUUGUUCAAUAAAAAUCAAGAAUAUAUUUCUGGGCACUACGAUUACGAUUCGUCCAGCUUUUUGAUAGCCGUUAAGCCCAAACCGUGGUAUUUUACAAAUGGCACACGUUAUCCAAAGCCAGCAUCCAUUUCCAAUGAGACAGGCAUACGAGAUGCAAAAUUGUUACCUCACGAAGAUCCAGGAAGUGAUCGUAUUGUGAAUCAAAUGAUGUUUAUUCCCCCGAAUUACGAUCCGUCUCGUAGAAAGGAGAUAAUGAAAACAAUCUAUGUUCCAUUGGGCCUACCAUCUUGGUGGAGACGCAAAAGUGGUGAAAGUGCAUUUGUAGAUUUAAAGUGCCCUGUCGACGCGUGCAGGAUUACAGAUGACGCCAAAGAGAGAAAAAACGCUGAUUUAGUUAUGUUUAACAACGACUACAUUCCUUCAAAUGAAACGCGACCACCAAAACAAUUGUAUGCGAUGUAUUAUACGGAACCACCUGUGUUCACGAAUAAUUUGGAUCGUCCAGAUGUCAUCAAUUGGACCAUUUCAUACAGGUACGAUAGUACAAUUGCCGUUCCAUAUAAUAAAUGGCUGUAUUACGAUCCGAGGAUAAAACAAAAAGAACAAGAUCGAAACUAUGCGGCGAAUAAAACGAAAAAAGUUGCCUGGUUUGUUUCCAACUGUGUGAGCGCUAUCAAUGGUCGUCUAGAAUAUGCUAAAGAGCUUCAAAAGCACAUUCAGGUCGAUAUUUACGGUAAAUGUGGAAAUUUGACGUGUACAUGCAAGGACAAAGACAAAUGUUUCGAUAUGCUUGAUGAGGAUUACAAAUUUUAUUUGUCAUUUGAAAAUUCAAACUGCAAAGACUACAUCACCGAAAAGUUCUUCGACACUGGGCUACAACAUAAUAUCCUACCAAUUGUGAUGGGAGCACCAUGCAGCACGUAUGAAAAAUAUGCGCCUCAUCGGUCGUACAUUCAUGUCGAAGACUUUGAAUCGCCAAAGCAACUGGCCGAAUAUCUGCACAUUUUGGACCGAAACGAUAAUUUAUACAACUCGUAUUUCAAAUGGAAAGGAACGGGUGAAUUCGUUGGGAAAGGACCAGCUUGGAGAGCAACAUCGGGGCCCUACUUUUUCUGUCGAUUGUGCGCCAUGUUACACGAUGAGUACAGCACCACAACUCUACGCUGGUAUAGCAAUAUGAAUGAAUGGCAACAUGGAAAGGACGUUUGUAUUAAGGGCUUUUGGCGAGAUGUUAAAACAGAAAACAGUUAAAUAUACGUGCGUAUGACAAAUUCAACGAAUGGUGAGGAUAAAGCUAGAUCGUGCGCACAUCAUCUCCAU